GGUAUUCCAGCGCUUGCUUGAAUGUGAUACAUUUUUUUACAUCCAAUUUCUUCGAAAAUCAAAUAAAUCCUAAAACAAAAUGUAUUGUCAAAUGAAUGGAUGAUAUAAAAGCGAGAAAGAAAUAAUUUAAAAAUAUUAAAUUUGUGCUGCGAAAACGUAAAAAACAUUUCAAAUAUCGACGAUUUGAAAACGCCGUUUGAGCACAACCAUUGAACGCAUCCAUCGGUCUGUCAUUGAAAUUUCAUUGGAACUGUCACUUUCGUCUAGCAUUUUUAUGCCAGAUUACCGCCAACCGUUCACGAAAUAACAACUGAAAUCGAAUGCAAUCGGUGUGAAUAAAAUCGCUGUGCACUGACAGAAACAUUGGUCAAUUUGGUCAAAAUGGUAACUCCCGGCGUAGAUGCUUGUGCAUAUUGCAAAACUACCCAAAAUUUGGACAGAUUGAACAACAAUGAGUUGCUAGAGAUGAUGAGACAGCACAAGCCGGACUACGGUCGAACCACAAGAUUCUGUGGUAAUUGCAAAAGCCGUGCACUUGCCAAACUGAAUCGACGAAAACUAAAUGCGGCCAUCGCUGCAAAGAAAGCAACACGAAGCGCUGGAGAACAGACGACAUCAUCAUAUUCAAAUGCAUCGCGUCCAUUCUUGAGUAAUUCAUCGAGCAGUGGAUCGACAAGCAAACGACGUCGUGAAGAAGCUGGCCCAAGUCGAAAUGUUGCUAAGCGUACGGUGGCCCACCAGCUCGACGUGAUAAUGACGACGAUGACGACGAUGACGAUGAUGACGACGACGAUGGCAACAAUGCAAUGA